AUGUUCAGGUCCAUUUUAUCCAGGAAUGCGACUCUGCAUGGGUGCAGGUUUAUGUCUUCGAGCAGCACUGCUGGGUUUGGCAAAUACUUAGCGUCCCGGGGGAGCCAACUGCCGCCGCCCUUCAGGAAGCAAACUUCUUCCUUGAACUUCGUAACGGGCCGCACCGGGCUUUUGCGACCAUACUCUGCAUCCAGGAUUUUGCAAGAGGCUGCGUCAGUAAAAGGACCAAGGAAACUUCUCAACUCCUCGAAAACGGUUGGCUAUUGGCUGGUCGGCACAUCGGGGCUUGUGUUUGGGAUCGUUGUUUUGGGCGGUUUAACCCGACUAACCGAAUCUGGGCUAAGUAUCACAGAAUGGCGUCCGGUGACGGGAACGCUCCCUCCUAUGAAUGAGAACGACUGGCAGGAGGAGUUUAGGAAGUACCAACAGUCUCCCGAGUUCCAGCAGUUGAACUCGCACAUCAGUCUGGAGGAAUUCAAGUUUAUUUAUUUCAUGGAAUGGGUCCACCGCCUGUGGGGGCGUGCCAUUGGCGCCGUCUUUGUGCUCCCUGCUGUUUACUUCGCUGCGACUCGGAAGACCUCGCCGCGUGUUAACAGAAGGCUCUUCCUACUGUCCUUGGUUUUGGGCUUUCAGGGAUUCAUUGGCUGGUGGAUGGUUCGCUCCGGUCUUGACCAGGGCCAGCUCGAUGAGCGGAAGUCCAAGCCAACUGUUUCGCAAUAUCGGUUGACCGCGCACCUUGGCACUGCCUUCGUUCUGUAUAUGGGAAUGCUGUGGACUGGUAUUGAGAUCUUGAGGGAAACAAAAUGGGUCAAGUCGCCCGCAAAAGCGAUGGAGUUAUUCCAAAAGCUGGACAGCCCAGCAUUGGCUCCAGUCAGAAGAAUGGCACUUGCGCUUACUGCCCUGACGUUUCUCACCGCCAUGUCGGGCGGUUUGGUCGCUGGGCUGGACGCCGGUCUGAUCUACAACACAUUCCCACAUAUGGGCGACAACUGGCUCCCCAAGCAACGUGAGUUAAUGGACGAUACCUUUGCAAGGAAGGAGGACAAGAGCGACAAGUUCUGGAGAAAUAUGUUCGAAAAUCCAACCACCGUCCAACUCAACCACCGGAUUUUCGCAACCACUACUUUCUGCUCGGUGCUGGCCUUCCAUCUGUACUGCAAUAGGAGAAAAGCCCUGAUCCCAAAGAGCGCUAACCGGACUAUGCACGCAAUGAUGGGUCUCGUGACCUUGCAGUUCUCCCUUGGCGUGGCGACCCUGCUAUACUUGGUACCGGUUCCACUGGCGUCUGCCCACCAGGCAGGUGCACUGGCGCUGUUAACCUCUGCUCUGGUAUUUGCCGCUCAACUCCGGAAGCCACGUGCGCCAAUGAGACUCCUGGUGAACAGCCUGCACGCCCAGCAGAAGAGGGCCAGUGGCCAAAUUAUGUCUGAAGUCUCCAGGUUAGCUAAAUGA